AUGUUUACUAGAUCUUUAACUAGAUUACAACCUCAAUUGUUUUCCAGAAGACUUAUAACUUCUUCCAGGAUUCCGAAAUAUUCCUCAUUCCUUAAUCAAAGCCCGGUUAAUAUUAUCAAGAGAAACUAUGUUAUCAUUCAUAAACAAAGAAAGAAGGAACCUGUUUUAAGAUACUUAUUCUAUAUGAUUGUCUUAUCUUGGGGUUUUAUUUAUUAUGUUGCUAACAGAGUUGACAAAAAAACCGUCAAGAAGGACUUUUCCGAACGUGAAUUCCAACAAUAUGAAGAGGCAACUGGUGUCAAGAGAAGAAACAAAUUAAUUAGUGGUGAUUUAAGUUCUAAAUACAAAUUCUAUGUUAUUCCUUAUAUUAAUGAUAAUGAACAAUUGGACAAGAUUGUUAAUUUGUUAAAGUCUAAAGACGAAGGUACUCAUGUUAAGAUCAUUGAUCCAAGUGAAUUAAUUGAACAACAAAAACAAGAUGAAGGUUUAAGAUACCAUUAUUUGUUACAUGAUUUGGAAGAACAAAAAAGACCAUAUCCACAAGGUUUAAUUACUGCUCUUGUUAAACAAGAAAUUAACAAUUAUCUGAAUACAAGACAAGGUACAUUUGAAACUAAUUUUAUUAUUAAGAAUUAUCCACAAACUACUGCUGAAGCAAUUAAAUUUGAAAACGAUGUUGCGGAUGUUCAAAAAUGUUUGAUUUUACAUUUUGAUAUGUUGAAUGAAUUACCAAAAUACAAGAAUGAAGAAGAACAACGUGCUAUUCAAAAUGUUGAUGGUUAUUUCGAUUCUGUUGGUAGAGCUAAGACUUUGAUUGAUAAAUUUGAUCCAAUGGAUGAAGAAUUUGAAGAGAUUAUGAUGGAAGAUCUCUAG